GUAUUCCUUUAAGCGAAGAGCUACGCUCACGAGCUGAAGGCUUUGCUCCUCCAAGGAAAAAGCGGGUGCCUAAGGCAGAAAACACCGAGAAGGGCAAAAAAAAGUCUAAGGGCAGGAAGAUGAAAAACCAAGACACAUCAGACAACUCCGAGGAAGAGAGCCGAACGAGAGCCGAUGCGCCUGAGUACUUGGAUGUAGUGCCAUCAUCCUCAUCGGACGAUGAAGACGUCUUUGAGCGCAUGCGCAGGCAACGAGACGAGAUCAACAAGAGCAACAACACAGCAACAGACGCCAGUGGACAUACAAACACACACAAGGAUAUUAAUACAGUCAAAGAUAACAGUACAAACAAAGGAAAGGAUAAUCAAGGUGCAAGUGUGGACUCAGAAGAGAGUGAGAUGGAUGUAGAGCUGAGGAGGACGCUGAGAGAAGUGUGGCACAAACACGCCGAAGCGGUGCAGUGGUUGAAAGGUGGGUGGUUCUAA